AUGGUCCGUCUAUCAUUCCAGCUCGUUUGUCCGUUCAAGGCUAAAAGAGAACUAGGCGACGUCAUCUACACUGAGGCCUUUGGCCAGUCCAUUGUUAUCCUUAACUCAGUUACUGCAGCUCGCGACCUUCUGGAAAAGAAGAGCAAUGUCUUUUCUGAUAGACCGUACUUGCCUGUGGGUAAUAUGAUGGGAUGGGGGCUUAUUCUUCCGUUCCUUCGCUACGGCCCACGAUUCCGAAAGCACCGCCGAAUUUUUCAGCAUUGUUUUGCUCCUCAGGCAAUUUCAGCAUUUCGACAUACGCAAGACCGUGAACUUCUAAAGUUCCUCCGUUGCCUAUUGAUUAGUCCAGAUGACUUCAUCAUGCAUAUACACAGCUUGAUUUCUGGAAUAAUUGUGUCAAUAACAUAUGGUCAUGAGGUGGUAGCUGAACCUGAUCCGCUUGUCCAGCUUAUUGAGAGAGCUGUGCAAGGAGUAACAAAUUUUGGCAACCUUGGCACAACGGUCCUUGACAUUCUUCCAUUCAUGCGUUACGCACCCUCUUGGUUGCCUGGAAUGGGAGUAAAGAGACUCAUUCCAAGAGCACGAGAGCUCGUUGAUCGUGUAAAGACACAACCCUUCGAGGAGUUAAAAGCAAAGAGGGCAAAGGGCGUUACUCCUUCAUGCAUAAUGUCUGAUCUGCUAGACCAAUACGAAGAAAUGCAAGCGUUUGACCCUGAACACGAAGCAGAUAUUAUGAAUGUUGGACUUGCAAUCUAUGCUGCCGGGUCGGACACGACUAAAACCACCCUCAAGGCACUCUUUCUGAAUAUGACGAUCCAGACAGAAGUUGCAAAGAAGGUCCAGGAGGAGAUCGAUAAAGUCGUUGGGAGGGAUCGCUUACCUCGUUUGGAAGACAGAGACGAUCUUCCAUACCUGAAUUGUGUAUUGAAGGAAAUGUACCGGUACGUGAGCAGAACUCGAACUUGUAUUCCGCAUAGAUCCACAAAGACCGAGCAGUAUCGUGGAUGGACCAUCCCGGCAGGAUCAAUGGCCAUCGCAAACAUAUGGUGCAUGAUGAGAGACGAAAAGUCUUUUCCAGAUCCAGAUGCCUUCAUUCCUGAGCGCCACAUGGCAAAUGUGAUGGCUGAGUCGAACAUUUCACGCAGAGUAUCUGACAAAGACAUUCCCGCCGGCGCCGAUGAUGAUCCUAGUAACAUUGUGUUUGGAUUCGGCAGAAGGUCAUCGAAUUCUUGCCUGCAUAUAUGCAUCUUCUUAAAUAUUCUGUUCUUUAUAAUUUGCCCUGGUAAAUAUCUCGCAGACUCAACCCUCUGGCUGGUCGCAGCGAACGUGCUUGCCUUAUUCGACAUCUUGCCUUACGUGGAUCCGGAUACAGGAAAGGCAGAGAAUCCGAAACUGGAAAUUGAUGGUGAAGGGUUUAUAGCGUAUCCAAAGGCUUUCAGAUGCAGAAUAAUUCCUCGAGACACAAAGCAAGUGGAGACUAUGUUGAUGGCCGUUUAG